GCCCAGCCGGGGGCACCCGGGGCCGCCGCCGCCAUGGCCGGGGUGUUCGACAUCGACCUGGAGACCGAGGAGGGGAGCGACGGGGACGAGCCCGAGCUGGGGGCGGAGAUGGAUUUGGAGCUGCGGGGGAAUGGCCUGGAGCCGGUGGGGCACUAUGAGGAGAUCGAGAUCUCAGAGAGCAGCGUCAACAAUGGCCCUGAGCGCAUUGGGCCCCACUGUUUCGAACUGCUGCGUGUCCUAGGCAAGGGUGGCUAUGGCAAGGUGUUCCAGGUACGGAAGGUGCAGGGGACCAAUGCUGGGAAGAUCUUUGCCAUGAAAGUCCUGAAGAAGGCCAAAAUUGCCUGCAACGCCAAGGACACGGCUCACACUAAGGCUGAGAGGAACAUCCUGGAGGCUAUCAAACACCCCUUCAUCGUGGACCUGAUCUAUGCUUUCCAGACGGGUGGCAAGCUCUACCUCAUCCUCGAGUGCUUGAGUGGUGGUGAGCUCUUCAUGCAGCUGGAGCGUGAGGGCAUUUUCCUGGAGGACACAGCAUGCUUCUACCUGAGCGAGAUCACUCUGGCCCUGGGCCACCUGCACUGCAACGGCAUCAUCUACCGGGACUUGAAGCCGGAGAACAUCAUGUUGAACAGCCAAGGACACAUCAAGCUGACGGACUUCGGACUGUGCAAGGAGUCGAUCCAUGAGGGAGCCGUCACCCACACCUUCUGUGGGACCAUUGAGUACAUGGCUCCAGAGAUCCUGAUGCGGAGUGGACACAACCGGGCCGUGGACUGGUGGAGCCUCGGGGCCUUGAUGUACGACAUGCUCACUGGAUCGCCGCCCUUCACGGCUGAGAACCGGAAGAAAACCAUCGACAAGAUCCUCAAGGGAAAGUUGGUGCUGCCACCUUACCUGACCCCUGAUGCCCGGGAUCUACUCAAGAAGUUCCUCAAGAGAAACCCCAGCCAAAGGAUUGGGGGUGGGACGGGCGAUGCAGCUGAUGUGCAGAAGCAGCCAUUUUUCCGCCAAGUCAACUGGGAUGAACUGCUGGCGCGCAAGCUGGACCCACCCUUCAGGCCUUGCCUGCAAUCGGAUGAUGAUGUCAGCCAGUUUGACAUCCGCUUCACUCGUCAGACGCCCGUGGACAGCCCUGACGACGCUUCCAUUAGUGAGAGUGCCAACCAGGCCUUCUUGGGCUUCACGUAUGUGGCCCCGUCGGUGCUGGAGAGCAUUAAGGAGGGCUUCUCCUUCCAGCCAAAGGUGCGCUCCCCUCGCCGCCUCAAUAGCAGCCCCAGAACGCCAGUCAGCCCGUUGAAGUUCUCUCCCUUCGAGGCCUUCAAGCCCAGCCUGGCGGUGGAGCCGAUGGAGCUAGGGCUGCCGCUGCUGCCGCCCCAACCAGAGGGCACGGCCCCCCUGCCCAUCAAGACGCCGACAGGCACCAAGAAGCAGAAGGGGGGCCGGGGCCGGGUGGCAAGCACCUGGAAGAUCAUUGGGAAAGCAAAGUCUUUGAAAUGGGGAGAUUGGUCCCAGGCUGGGAAGCAAAUUCCUCCAGUGUAAUAAGAACCAUAAACUGCCUGAAACAUCCAGUGGGGUGAGAAACUGCUUGAUUCAAAUCUUGCUUUAGUCUGUAGAAUUUAGACUGCGAGUUUUUUUAUUUCUUACAUAACUAACUUUGAUAUCUAUGCCUGCUUAUAAUCACUUAAAUCUUAUCUUUCUAUAGUAAAUAAAUUGUUUUAGUUUUGUCCUAAAACUGUUUUCGGUUGAAGUGCUGGGGAAAUCUCAGGUUAACAAGGGCUGGUGCAUAUCUGCUAUCCUUUCUUUGGAGUGGCAAACUAAUUAAUGGGCUUGCACUGUGCAAGGAAGUCUUGAGCUUGUAAGAUGCUGUAUUUCAGGGGUGCAAGCUGAGGUCUAGAGUGAUUUGUACAAUUCAUGAGUGACUUAGCAUUCAUGCAAUUUAGCUAGAUGUAGGUCUCCAUGUGCCGUUGGCUGAUCACAGUAGCUGGAGAAGUUUGCUGCUUGUGACUGUGAGAAACAACCUAGGUUAUAGAGUUAAGGGGGCACAGUGGUCCCAAAGUUCCAGGUUGUACCCCAGGAAUACUGUCUCAGUGGCACAAUGAGCAGGAUGAAAUGCACAGCUUGUUCUGACUGAGAUUUGUAAUUUUCUUGACUGCACUGAGGCAGGCCACUUAAAAUCUCUACACCAGUGUAAGAAUUGCAAGUUUAUUAUUUUUUGUUUGCAUAUUUUGGGAAAGGGAAAUAGGAAGAGAAAGGCAUAAGAAUGAGUGAGUAACACAGUUACCAGGUUAAAGCUGUACGGACUGCAGGUAGCAGAAAAAGAGAGAAACUGAGCAUCAGCGAAAAUGAAAGAACCAGAGCUAAAGGAGAGAGGAAAAAGCACAUCAAGUGACUAUAAGAGCUGAAACCCAAGGAGGCUGAGGAAGGAGAGAGAGUGAAAACACCAAAUGGACUUACUAGAAAAGCAAUAUCAGAACCAUCUCACCCCACUGAUUGCUAUCUCUCCAGAAAUCCACAGCCAGGAGCAUUUAUGUCCUGCACAUGAGAUGGGUGAUAUCAGAAUAUUUUACUACGUUUGAGAGGCUGUGUGCAGCUCAUGUGAUUCCUGAUGACAAGAAAGUCCCCAGCCUAAUUGCAAAGUUAGCUGGUAAAGAUCUUAAUAUACUCCAAUGGAAUGCCAAUUCAGGAUGCUUUAGGUUACUGUAAAUUAAAAAAAAACCCUGUUUGAAAUUAUUUUAGAUUACCCCUGAAACACAGAGGGUGACAUUUAGAAAUUUUAAGAACAAUGCUGAUAUGAGUAAUGGGGUAUAUGUAAACAGGAUGAAAGAUCUAAUGGGAAAAUGAGUGAGGGAGAAAGGUGUUCAAAGUUUUGAACAAAUGUUUGACCUUGUUACUCAGUAUAUAAAGAUGAUGUAAAACGGUGUCUAUGGAAUAAAAAUGUAAAAACUGUA